AAGAAAAAAAAGAAAAAUAAGAAAAUAUAAAGAACAGAUACAAAAUUAGUCAACAAAUGCAAAAUCUACUCUUACAAUUAAUCUUGCAGUUUAAUACAUUUUAUUUAUACAUUUAAGAGAGAUUGAAACAAAAGGAGAAUAGAUUGAAAAAUUAUAAAAAGCAAUUGAAAAAAGCAUAAAACAUCAAUAUCCUUUCUUUUCUCGGUUUUUAAUAGCACUGGGCCUUUUUAUUUGUCCAUUUGGCAAAAAAAAAAUGUGCCAACAUCACACGGUGUUCCCAAGCGGUCACCCAUCCAAGUACUAAGGGUACGUUCCACUUAACGCUCGCAACGCUUGUAACGCUUGCAAAUCCGUUCCACAUAACGAUCGCAAUCGUUGUGGUCGCGAUCGAAACGUCAUAAAUGACGUCAUUAAUCGCGACCGCAUUGAGCUCACAACGCUCACGGUUCGUACGUGGGUCGGCGUGGUCGUUGUCAUUUUCGCGCCUUUUAUUCGGAGAUACAUUAACGAUGGCUAAAAAAGUCCCAUUUUACAAUCCUAUAAAUGACACAAUGAUAGAAUUGUACUUGUCAGCAGAAGAUGCUAUUCGUGCUACUAAAGACAUGGUAUUUGCAACAUCAUUAAUGAAUGCUGCUCUUCAGGAGCAACAAUCAUUGCAAGCAGACGAUCCAUUACUACCAUCAGCAGUAGCAUCAGAUCAGCAAGUUGAGCAAGAGGAAGUUAGUCAAACAACUGAAGAAAGUGUCGGCAAUUCCGAUCCUGAUGAUGGAGGAAGUUUUUACAGGUGGACAACACCUUGUGUGCUGCUUCUGCUUCAGACCUACAAGGAAAUUGAGGAAAAAUUCACCAACGGAAAGCAAUCUCAAAAGAAAACGUGGGAGGAGGUUUCAAAAACAUUAAAACACAAUGGACAUAACAUAACGGGACCAAUGUGUGCUGCCAAACUAAGAAGUUUAAAGAAAACUUAUAAAGCAGUCAAAGAUCAUAAUAAUAAGUCAGGCAAUGAUAGAAGAUCUUGGCAGUUUUUUGAGGUAUGGAAAUAAAAAGAUGGGAGACUUGUAAAUGUCCCAUUCCAGUAUAAUUUUGAUUGUU